AUGAACGGAAAAUGCCCGCCACUGUCCAGCACGCUCAAACACCUCCUCCCACCACCCGCCGGCGCCGGCACCGCCGCGGCAUCACAAUGCGAAUCCCUCUUAUACCGCUGCGCCACCACCAAAAAAUCCCUCUCCACCACCCAGAAGCUCCACGCCCUUGCCACCACAUCCGGCCUCCUCUCAAACCACUUUCUCUCUCUACUGGCCGCCGCCUACGGCCUCUCCGGCCACUCCCCCUACGCCCACAAGCUGUUCGAUGAUUUGCUCGACCCCACGCUUGUCGCCUACAAAUCCAUGAUCCGAAUGCACGUUGAAAAUGGGAAACCCCGGGACGCGCUCCAGCUGUUUGUCGAAAUGCACCAGUCGGGCAGGCACAUUCCUGACGAGUACACCUACCCGUUUGUCAUCCGGGCCUGCAGGCAGCUCCUGAUGCUCAAUCUAGGUGAGAUGGUUCAUGGGUCGACUGUUAGAAAUGGGGUUUUGUCGGGCGGUUUUGUGGGUAAUUCUUUGCUCGCAAUGUAUAUGAACUUUGGGUGUACAGAUGGGGCUAAACGGGUAUUUAGUGAAAUGCAGGGUAAAACUGUAGUUUCUUGGAAUACAAUGAUAAGCGGGUACUUUCGUAAUGGCCGUGCUAAGGAGGCUCUGUUUGUUUUCAGAACUAUGGUGGAUAACAAGGUCGAGUUCGAUUCUGCUACAAUUCUGUCGGUUUUACCCGCUUGUGGGUACCUGAAGGAUUUAGAUAUGGGAAAUGAGGUUUACGAGUUGAUAAGAGAUAAAACCAUUAUGAAAAGAUUGGCUGUUCAAAAUGCUUUGAUUGAUAUGUAUGUGAAGAGUGGAAAAAUCGACGAUGCACGUGUCGUGUUCGACGAAAUGUCCGAGAGGGAUGUUGUGACCUGGACUACUUUACUCAACGGCUAUGCUCUGACUGGGGACACAAAACGUGCUGUCGAGCUCUGCCAGUCGAUGCAAUUCAACGGCAUCAAACCUAACGAGGUGACUUUAGCUUCGCUUCUCGCUAGGUGUGCCGACUCACGCAAGACGAAGCUCGGGAAGUGCUUGCACGGGUGGGCCGUUCGCCAGCACAUCGACCGUGACGUGAAUGUCGAGACUUCACUGAUCGAUUUCUAUGCAAACUCCGAUUCUUUCGAGCUCGGCUUUAGGGUUUUCUCGAGGAUUUCUUCCAAGAAGAACACCGUCCCGUGGAAUGCGAUGCUUUCCGGUUGUGUCCGCAAUAAACGGGCCCGAUUCGCAAUCGGGCUUUUCAAGAAAAUGCUUUAUCACGGCGUGGGGCCCGACGACGCGACUUGGAAGAGCCUACUUCCCGCGUACGCCUUCGAAGCCGAUAUUCAUCAAGCGACGAACGUGCACGGCCAUCUCGUAAAAUCGGGCUUUGCUAAAAAGCCCGAAAUCGCCACCAAUUUGAUCGAUAUCUACGCAAAAUGCGGAUACUUACACUACGCUCAUAUCUUGUUUGACGAACUUUCUACGAGAAAUCGAGAUGUUGUCUCGUGGAGCGUUAUAAUAGCCGGUUAUGGGAAGAUUGGGGACGGGAAAACCGCGCUCUCUCUCUUUAACCAAAUGGUCUCGUCUAACGUUACACCUAAUGAGGUCACGUUUACUUCGGUUUUGCAUGCUUGCGCACACUCGGGAUUAGUGGACGAAGGAUUACGUUUGUUCAAUUUCAUGAGGAUUAAUAAUCGAGAGAGUUUACGCGUGGAUCACUAUACUUGCAUGGUGGAUCUACUCGGUCGAGCGAAUAGGCUUGAGGAAGCUUAUGAAAUGAUUAUUAAUAAUAAUAUGCCUUUUGAGGCGAGCUCGAGCCACGCGGUUUGGGGGGCUUUGCUUGGCGCGUGUGCUAUACAUGAUAGUGUCGAGUUGGGCGAAAUUGCGGCAAAAUGGUUGUUCGAGUUGGAGCCCGAGAAUACGGGGAAUUAUGUGUUGAUGGGGAAUAUUUAUUCGGCGGUCGGGAGGUUCGACGAUGCCGAGAGAGUGAGGAAGAUGAUGGAUAAUGUGGGAUUAGUGAAAGCUCCGGCUAAUAGUAUGAUUGAGGUGGGAAAUGUGUGA